GUCUUGUGCUUAGUUUGCGUUUAGUAAUGUACUUGGUGUUCAAGUGCAGGUGUUUGAUGAUUCUAGGUGUUUUUUAAAGCACGGAUUAAACCAGAUGUGGUGUUCCUUAUGAAGUCGGGCUUCUUGGCUGGUUUGGCUCCUUGCUGGUCACCUCCCAAUUCAAGAGACCCAAUCCUGAAUUAGCUGACGUAAAUAAUCCACCUGUAGCAGGUGUGUUUACACACUUUAACAUCAGCGAUCAUAAACGAAAAGCAGCUCGUUCUUCUUGUAUUUAUUUAUGUAUUACUGGUCUCACAUGUAUUUGCUUCACACCUCCUCUCCCCUGACGCACCUCACUCGCAGCGUCUGCGGCCAAGAGGCGCGCUCCCGCCUGCGCGCCGCGCGCCCCUCUGUCGGCACACAGACUUCUGGGUGUCUGCGCGAGCCUCGGUAACCGGCGAACGAGCACGAAUGGGGAAUCUAACGCGCCUUUCUCGCCUCCCGGGUCCUCCGGUCUUUUAAUCUCUGCAUCGGAAGCCGGUGCUGUGGGUGACAGACGCAUGGAGAUGGCAGACCUCACAGGCAGCACGGCCCUCAGCAGGCGGCCUGCUGUACACUGAACCAGCUGGCUGAGACCAAACAUCAACGUGUAGACAGAAUGGAUUUCUUCAACUGGACUGAAGGAGCUUUUGACACGAACAGCAGCGCUUUCGACUCAUUUGAGACUGUCAAACUCCCUGUCAGCAAAAUCCUGCUCACCAUAACCCUUUCUGUGGUGGCCACCCUCACUACGUUCUUCAACUGCCUGGUCAUCACUGCUAUUGCCGUCACUCGCAAGCUGCACCACCCAGCCAACUACCUCAUCUGCUCCCUGGCGGUGACUGACCUGCUGGUGGCUGUGCUGGUCAUGCCCUUCAGCAUCCUCUACAUCCUGAAGGAGAAGUGGGUCAUGGGUGAGGUGGUUUGUACCAUUUGGUUAAGUGUAGACAUCGCCUGUUGCACUUGCUCUAUCCUUCACCUCGCUAUGAUUGCCAUUGACCGUUACCGCGCCAUUACUGACGCUGUGGAGUACUCUCGCAAGCGCACCGGGGCCAGGGCUGGUGCGAUGGUGGCCGUCGUGUGGCUCUUGUCCAUCCUUAUCUCCCUUCCUCCGCUAAUGUGGCGGCACUACAGUGGAGACGCAGAGCAUGAAGACCAAUGCAUCAUCAUCCACCAUCACAUGGCUUUCACGCUUUAUUCAACUCUCGGAGCAUUUUAUAUUCCCCUGCUGCUCAUUCUAAUUCUCUACUACAAAAUCUACAAGGCUGCUCAGACCCUUUAUAUGCGAAGGGAGGCUAGCAGGGCUAGCCGUCACUCAUGCAUGACCAAUGGAAGCAUGAUCCCUUCGUCCUACCCCGCUGGAGACAGCGAUGCCGAUUGUGGGCCUCGAAGCCCUGAUCCCAUAAGUCCACCAGAAAAGUCUUUCUCUGAACCUUCGACUGAGGAAACCCCGCGCAAGCGUGACCGUGAGCGGGAGCGUGUGCAGGCCUCCAGAAAAGUCUUUCAGAGCAAGUCACACAGACAGGAGUCGAGUAGCGAGUCUCGCCGGAGCCAGUUGUACCAAGGACCUCGAAUCUCAGGCUCACGUGAGAGAAAGGCAGCAUCCACGUUGGGGCUGAUCAUCGGGGCCUUUGUCAUCUGCUGGCUGCCAUUUUUUGUCAAGGAAGUAAUCGUCAACACCUGCAGUUCGUGCAGCACUUCUAUGGAAAUGGCUGACUUUCUCACAUGGCUGGGCUACCUUAACUCUCUGAUCAACCCUCUCAUCUACACCAUCUUCAACGAAGACUUUAAAAAAGCCUUCCGAAGACUUGUUAGGUGCAGCCAUUACCUCUGAUAGUUUCAUACGUGUGUGUCAAAAAGAGAUGCUUAUGGUCAGAAAAAGAAAUAUUUGCCCGGUUCUGCUUUUCAGAAGACCUGUUGUAUGUUUUACGAGUUAUGGAAUCAAGCCCCACAAUAAAGCACAAGCUCUAGAGUUCAGUAUCGUCCUGAAGUAAACUGUUGCAUCAAGUCAAGGAAACGCUGACCUUUCGGAGGUUAGGGUUAACCCUUCUUAGCACGAGUUUUCAGACCCACUUAAAGGUCUAGAAACAGCUGAGCAUCCUGUCUGCUCCAUCUAGCGACUGCUGGCUAAAAUACAGAACAUGUAUUUGCCGAGGCUUCUUUUUAUGCAUCCAUUGUCAUACAAAAGUGUUAUUUUAUCUAAUUGCCACAGAAACCUUUAACCAAGAUGAACAUGUUGUUUGGGCUUUACCACGUCUGACCCUUAGAGGGGUAAGACUCGGAAACACGUUCAAGCAGGAAGUUUAGGUUAACAGAACCAGGAGUGUUUCUCAAUGUCAAGGCGCCUGGCCUUGUGAGGCGAUGUCUUGCGAGGCCAGGCGCCUUGCUUACGAGGACUCUGUCCUUCCUUGAUCAAAGAAAACGGUUUAAUGGAACAGACUUGCAUCACGGCGGUCACGUAAGGUCACGUGACACGGGAGAUAACGUUAUAUUUAAUUGUGUAUAUGUUUAUUAAAUUAAAAAUAUAUAAAUAUAAGUGAGUUACUACCCGCUAGCCACCAAAGCUGCAACUACUAAGCAACUAACCAACCAUAGAUAACUACUUUAGAUCUAAAAAAAACAUUUUAAAUUAGUUGACUUACUUUUAAACUUAAAAAUUGUCCCCGAAAUAGCUGCCGGCUUCUGAGCCGCCAUCCUUUUGAAAAUACUGCGGUGAACUCUGGGUGAUUUUUGACCAAAGCUAGGCUACAAGACACCUCCUGUGUAUCCUCGCUCAGCUAGCUAAACGGCUAACAAACGGAGAACACAUGCCUUGGUAGAACAUUGGAACACGUCUUGGCGGCUCCCGAUGACGUAUCUCCUAGGCGACCGGGGCGGGGCCAAGACAUCAAGACGAGGUUCCUAGGCAUUGAGAAACACCUCGGGUUUGUGUCGUAGUGGAUAUAAAAUCACCAGUCAAACAUGAUUUAACCGCAGGAAAAUAAUCAAGAUUUUGUUCAAGAAUGAUGAUUUCUGUUAAUCCUGCAGAUUCACAUUUUCAUGUUUUCAGUUUGACCAAGUCUAACAUGAUUUAUGCUUCUAAGUGUGAAAAAUGUUACAUCUGAUGAAAACUUGACCCCGUGACUGAUGUCCUUUGACAGAUUUCACAUAAGUCGUGUUAGACAUCAGUAAAAUGACCAGCUGGUAAAAAUAAAAAUUGCUGAUGCUCUUUGAGUUUAUAGAGCUGGAGGUGGAUGGGUAGGCUGUCGAAGGAGGGAAUAUAAAGGAGCGUACACCAGUAUGCCUUUGAAACAUCUGCAUUGUGGGAAUUGUUAAAGUCACAGACUGGAUUUUAAGACCGACCAAUGCUCUUGUCCUAAAGUCAUAACCCAUGCAAACUAGCUUUAAGCGGUCUUUUCUGCCAGCUUGUAUCAGUAAGUGUAAAUUAAAUAAAACCUGAUAUGUUACACGUGUGAAAGAAAAUUAGACAUUUUUCACUUCUUGACUUGCAGUCAGGCCAUGUAUGCCACAAAAAAACACUUUAAUGUGCUUUUUUAUGAUCAUCUAUAAAUAUGCAGAGUCUGUGGUACUUUCAGUGCUACUUUUAAAAAGCCCCAUAGCUGCAAACAACCUUGAGCAACUCAACUUUUAUGUUAUAAAGAAUCUCUUGUUCUUGUUUGAACUUCUAAUACAUUUGUUAGAGACAUCAGAGCUUAUCACACGUAGCACACGGAUCUGAACUGUUUGAUGCAAAAGAAGAAACUGAAAACGUGGAACUGAAAGGAACGGAUGCUUUUGCUGUUACUUAAAGGUGUGAAACACUGAAAAACCAUUUUUAAUGAUUCUUUCUGAUUUUAACAGGGUUUUCAUGCAGGCUGAACAUGAAAAUAGUCUCCUACAUCUAUCUGCUGCAUUCGCUUCUGAUAGAAAAUAGACGGCGAAACUCUAGAUUAGAAAAUCCUGACAGAUCUACGUCACUCUGUCACUUAACAUUCAUGGACUCACCCAUUUGACUCAUGACGGGGAAGGCUGCUGUUGGUUUAGCGUCCAGGAAACAGCAGAGAAUGACUCGGCUAGUAGAAGCUAACUGUUAGCAUUAGCUACUCCACCACACUGCAGAACUCCUCCAGGCUUGUGUUAUUUGUGGAGAUAAAGCAUCAACAUUGAAAGUAAACAGAGUCAGUGGUAGAGUUGUGCUGCAUGGACGUCACUAGGAUUGAGAUAUAGGGGGGGCUUAGCCCCAGGAGCUUGACCUUGAACAUUUUUUUCACACCCUGCAAAAACUUUGUCAAUUAAUUCAUUAUCUGAAGAACAUUUAACAAAACCUAUUAUUUUGUCACUUUCUUUUCCUUUCCUACCUUUGUGCAUUUUCUCUCUUCUUUUUAUAAAAAAAUAACACUUAAUCAGUUCAUUAGUGGGGUCUAUGUUGAAGAAAGAUUUUAUAUAAGUCCAUUAAAAAUUAGAUAUGUUAUAUUUCCAAAUAAAGCUAUUCAUUUCAGUCUACUGCACUUAACAGGGGGAAAUGUUGCAGUCAUUUGUUUAAUUACAACUUGCUUAAUUAUAAAUGUUACUAAAAUAUGACAAAGAACAAAUUAAUAAUUGUCAAACUUUUAUUCUGCCAAAUGAGUGUGCAGUUGACAGUUUUAAUAUAUGAAUAACACUGCUAUGAUGUGGAAUAAAGGAGUAUGUAAUUAACAAUUGCAAGACAAAAUAACAGUAUAUAUAAAAAUGAGGGCUGGGACUUGAUUAAAAUUUUUAAUCUAAUUAAUUAGAGGCUUUGUAAUUAAUUAAUCUAAAUUAAUCACAUUUUAAUCGUUCAGGAAAAUGUGCUCUCAAAGCAAAACUUAAUUAAAAUUGAGACAGAGAAUUAAACAUUAGACAUAGUUAUUACUGUAAAACUAAAGCUUUUAAUAAAAAAAUGCAUUUUAAUUAAUCAAAUGUCACUGUGUGAUAUGAAACAAAACCCAAAUCAACUAAAAUUUAUAAUUACAAAUAGAAAACGCUUGCAAAGGGUUCCUGAGCCUUUAAAUAGUCUCUCUGUCUAGUUGAAUUACUGAAAUAAAUUUGACUUUGCACCAGAUUCUAAUUUUUCCAGUUUCACUUGUUUGUUUAAUUGGGAGUUUUUAUUAGCAUUUCUACUCAUAAUGUAGUAAAAACACAUAAAUAAAUAAUAAUCCUUCAAAAUGACAGUAGAACAGGCACAAAUAUGAUCUAGGACUUAAAUGUACUAACUUUUAACACCAGAGCAGGCGUGGCAUAUUCUGAGAAUGAUCAGGAACACUAACUGGUUCCAGUUGGAUGACUGGAGGUUGAUGGGAAGAUAAAAGAUCAUGGCGAGGAAAUAAUGAUCUGACGAACAGGUGAGCGGACCUUCCUUACAUGGGAAGUCCUGAUGUUACGUUAAGAAGGGGAUGCUGCAGACCCGCAGAUUCAGGCCUGCAGCAGAGAAUCUGGUGUGAUCUCCAGCCUGAUCACAACUUCCUCGUUCCUCGCUGCCCCUGAUGCACUUAAGCAUCCGCCCCUUAGCUGCUGACAGCUUCAACACACCUCGCUGCUUAAUGAUAGUAAUGCAUGUGAUGUUUAGACAGAGACUCGUCUCAGAAACGUAUAACUCCCCGACAGAAUUGUUUAGAAAACCAUCAGAAAAGUUUCAGAGUGUUUCUGUUUUAACGAAAACUUCUGUUUUCAACUUUAAGACACGUUGUUUGUGAUUGUUUACAGAGUAGUGAGAACACGGAGCGUUCUCCCAGCGGCAGCCAGGUGCCUCUCGUUUGUCUGACUACUUUCAUAAACUACUGUUAGGGCACAGAAUUAUUCUGUCUGGUGCUUUCAGCGCUGCACAGAUGGUACGUAAAUGUUAAAAAUAUAGCUUACCGCAACUUUUGUAAAGUUUCCUGUGCCACCGGGCAGCCGCAGCAGAGACGAUCUCUGAAAAAUGUCUGCGACACGGACUCCGUUGUUGUCUGGAAGUUUGUUUUUUUCAAGUUAAGAAAAGAGGCGGACGGGUUUCCUAAACCCUGCAUCAGUCCAAGCAAGGCAGCUUCUUUCUGUUUUUAUUCCGUUAGUAGCCAUUAGCACUGUGCAUUGUUGUGUGCGUCAGUGAUAUUCAGUCUACGAGGAAGUCGUGCAAUGACAAAGGUUCCGCCGUGCUCGAAAUGCAAGCUGCGAUUAAACGCGUGAAUUUUUUUAACGUGUCGUUUUUUUCUAAUUAAUCAUAAUAACGCGUUAAAGUCCCAGCCCUAAAUAAACUCAAAAUGAUAGGGGGGCUUGUGAUUAUUUUAGGGGGGCUGAAGCCCCCCUAAAACGGACCUAACGACGUCAGCGGUGCUGCUGUUAGCCAAUCAGAGGAGAGAUGUCCAUUUAUCAGGAAAAAGACUCUAAAUCAUGCCGUGUUCUCUGAUGUGGCAUUCUGCUAGUUCCUGGAACAAACACACCCCCACCCCUCACCCCCGAGUUUGACUUGCAAGGCAGUUCAUUCCUACAAGAGACCACUGCAAAUUAAACGAGUGUCACACACCUUACAAUCUUUUUAUCGGGAACACAAACUUGUACAUGGAUUAUUUAAUCCAAGAUAAACCGAAUCAGAUUAAAGGCUUUUUCUUUCCUGCAUGGAACACAAAGCCAGUAGAACACAGGGAUGAUCAAUAACAGCGUUAAAAAUAAGGAUAAUGAUAUCAAGGACAUAAUGAGAGAAACUGCUGUCUGCGGUUAUCGCCAACAACAGUCGAACAGCACACAUGUGACAGAUAUGCAACGCUAUAAGGCUUGAUGUGAAAUGGGCUGAGGAACAUGUGAUCCUCAGAGUAACUCCAGAUCAUUGCUUAAUACUUUCUUCCAUUGUGAUUCUUCACAUUUGAGAAACAUUUUCUGAUUUUGAAGGACUGUCUGUGUUGGUUUGAGUCGUUGAGUCUGAACGUGCACAUUCACAAACUCAGUGGUUUCAGAUUUAAAACAGAUCAAAAUCCUUCCAUAGACUUAAUUUCAGGGUUCUUGCUGCAGCCAGGCGGGCAUCGCUCCUUACCGAACAACAAUAAAUUGCUUUGUAAUCUUUCUGAUGUACUUGUUUUAUGAAAUGCAUUUUAGUCUUUAUGUUUUUCCUGGUAUUUCUUAAUGUAUUAAUCUAUUCUUUUCAUUUCUCAAAGCCAUUAAAGAUCCUUUUCCGUUUUAGUCCACCACACAGCUCACAUCAGGUCAUCUGAACACGACUUACUGGUGAAAGAAAAUCCUCAUUAUAUUACUCCCACUCAAAUACUUGGAAUAGUACUUCUAUUUUUUCCUGCCUUCAAGAGUGCUCGUGAUAUGCUGAAGGAAAUGUUGUGGGUGAGUAAGGUGUGAGGAUUUGCAGUAAGUCAGGAGAAGAGAGUAGGUGUGUAGUAACAUCCAGAGUGGCCAGUCUGUCUUCUUCUGUGGGUUCCUGUCCCAACGGUUUGCUGGGGAGAGAAAAUCAGAGUAUUAAUGUGUGUGUGUGGAGAGAGAGCUGUACAGAAAUAACAAAAAUUAAAUUUCACUGAUGAACUGGA